AUGAGAUCAGUCAUGAUACUGGGCAAGGUCCUCGGCGGCGAGCCGGAUACUCAUCGCUGGAGGGAGGCAGUCUCCAAGGCUCGCAGCCUGAGACUGCCCAUCAUUCUCUUGCAGAUGUUGAUUCGGAAAGAGGAAUUGCAUACGACUGACCCGAAGUUGCUGGGCUUGCUGCCGACUGACCCUGAAUGGGCCGCAUUGUUGAACAAGGUUUGUCGAACAGGUUACACCCCGACUGAGCUCGACGCAUAUGCGCACAUUCUCGAUGGCGAAUCAACCGAUGCACGAUGCGAAAGGCUACUCGACUGCCACUUUUUCUUACCCGAGUUUCUCUAUAGCUUCGUUUUACGGUCGUCAGCAACCAUCACCGAGGUCACAACCCUUAGCAGGCUGAUCGAGCGGUGUCAUGAAUACUACAAAAGUGGCCAGCAUCACAUCAAGGGGCAUACUGCAGUGCACCGCUCUUGUCAUAAAUCUGGCGACUUACCAAGUCUGGACCAGCAGAGAUUUUGCCGCACCAUGCGCCUUCUCACCCGACAGUGCCUCCGCUUGGAGCCUCGACUCAUCGUGAAGCUGGCCGACGUUGCUGCGCGGGAUAUCGAACACAUUUCGGCUGCCUCGGAUGAACCUGGGAAGCUGUUUAUGAAGCAGUGUGUCAUUUUCAACGAGUUGUUGAGCAUUUUCCGACCGCGGCCAGCGAUGCAGGCUGUCCAAAGAGCGUUUCCUAAUGCGUACCUUUGGGAGGCGCAGAGAAUCUUGCUUGCCAUGUCCGAUGGUCUCGCCAGGCCGCUUUUGGUGAAUCGUGGAGGAUUCCAGGCGAUUCGAGACGUCUUGGCCGGCCAAGGCAAGAACCAGGCCGAAGUGCAUAGCGCAGCUCGACAUGCACCGACAUGGCCCCCAUACUUGCAACCUGGCGAUGGGAUGGACGAAGGGGUGGAACCCGAGGACAACUGGAGUCGGGCUGUCAGUGCCGGAAUGCUCAUGCAGGAGGCGGGCUUUGCCAAAGAGGACCACGACGACGGUCUCGACAUCCUUCAAGGCAUGACGAUGGACGGCACACCGACAAUCCAGCAACGAGCGCGAGUUGGCCAAGGCCGUCGCGUUGACGUCUGGGAGGCUUCUAUUCGGGCAACCCGCAAUGCGCAAGAGGCUUGGCAGCGAUUCCAGCAUCCACCAACGGCCGACGCCAAGCCCGGGGCAGCGCAGUACGGAGCGAUGCUCGAGAAGCUCGUGCUACGAGAGGCGGAUGCCAACGGCAGAAUGUGGCCGGGCGACAAGGCGUUGAACUUUCCCACUCAGCACGAGGCGAACCUGGCCGAGUUCGAAAAGGCUCGUCUCCGACCUCCGAGCGUCGCUCAGCUCUAUCGACAUAUGCGGCUCAACGGGGUCAGGGCACAAGGGAGCUGUCUCCGCAUACUCGUGUCGAAUGCAGAAUCGCUCGAGACGGCGCAUCGAUAUCUACUGGAGAGCACGGAAAACGGCGAGACGGUGCGGACCUUGAUGGCGGAUGAGCCAGGACCCGGGCUGAAGGGCGUGUCGAUGAGCUUGUUUGCGGCCUACAUCCAGGCGUGCGUGCGGGUGGAAGGUAGACGAGGCGGACGGCAGCUGAUGCGCGCCAUCCGCUUCGUCGACGUUCGACUGGCGUCGGAACAUUCCCGCUGGGCGGUCCACGUUUGGGGCCUCGUUCUGAAGAACCUCUCUCAACACCGGCACGCGUUGCGGGUGUCUCUCUCGCAGCAAGUGGAUCUGCUGCUGCACAUCAUGGCACGGAUCGAAAGCAGGCACGGCGUGUCGGUCUCGACGCUUGUGCAGUUCAGCAAGUGCGUCCGAAAGGCAAUGAGGCGGGAGAUGGCCAAGCUCCUGACGGAAGUGGAAACGGGGAGACCAAGCGCCUUGCGGCGACUGUACGAAUCGCAAGCGCCAGGUUGCGCCGUCGCAGCGACGGCGCACGGUGCGGCGAGCUCAACCCAGGCAGACUCGGGUGAGCGGAAGCCUCAUGUCCUGAUUAGCACGGCGGCGGGCCGGAUGAGGGAUAUCUUCGACCAACUGGUCAGGCGGGACAAAGGCAGCCGGGAGUUGUUGGAAGGGCACGAGAUGGCCCCGCUCGAGCAGAUGGCGUGCCGGACGGACCCGGUCAGGAGCGAGCACGCAUACGAGUACAUGGUCUCGCUGGCAUUCGUUGGAGAAUUCGACGACAUGGCGAAAACGUUGCGGUGGCUGAUUGGCGAGUGGGAGGAGGCGGACCUGGUGGAUGCCGUGGGCAAGCUGGACGAGCCUCCGGCGUACGCGGAUUUCUUCGAGACGCUGUGCGUCUUUCGCCUCCUCGCGGAGCCGAUGCUCGAGGAAGGCGUGGCCGAGUCGAUCCGCGACGCCGUGGUGAGGUCCCAACUGGGCUGGACGUGGCCAGACGACGCGGCGGUCCAGUCGUUUGCCGAAAUGCAGGGCGACGAGUCCAUCAUGACGCUGCGGCGGGUGCUGGACGGGGUGAGGUCCCGUGCGCGGCGAGGACUCGGCGGCGACGGAGAUGCAGACUCGGCCUGGACGCCACGGGUCUCGCUCACCCGCCAGACAGAUUAG